UCUUGAAUCUGCUGCAGCCGAAGUGGGCGGUGAGUGCUACACGGACGGCGGUUUGAAUAGUUGCUGAGGCGGAAACAUCAAAACCGGACAAAUUAAUUACAAAAUUACAAAGUGAAAGUUGUGUCCGUCAUCGACACCGUUUGACACUGAACAUCACAUCCAUUCCCGGUCCCGGUCGGACUGGGGAAACGAGCGCCGUGAGUGCUGACAAGUAAAGCCGGUGUUGGUCUGUCGCUGGCGGCUUGCUGCCGGAGCUAAAGAGCUAGCGUGCUACGAGCUAGUGUGCUAACGUAGCAGCUAACCCGCUAACCACCCCCUGUCCCCGUGUAUACAAAGGACGUUUUUCUGCCCGUCCUGUAUCACAUCCACCCCGGGUCGCCCCGCUGAAUGAGGACCGGGCACCACUCUCAGGUCGACCAUGGUGCUGACAGGGAAACGCUCCGAGAAAGGCCCGGCCUGCUGGAAGAGGAGGGUCAAGUCUGAGUACAUGAGGCUGCGCCAGCUCAAACGCUUCCGCCGGGCGGAUGAGGUCAAGAGCAUGUUCAACACCAACCGGCAGAAGAUCAUGGAUCGGACGGACGUCCUGAACCAGGAGUGGAAGACCCGACGCAUCCAGCCCGCUCACGUGAUGACGGCGGUCAGCUCCCUGCGCGGGACCAGAGAGUGCACGGUGGACAGUGGCUUCUCCGAGUUCCCCAAGCAGGUGAUCCCUCUGAAGACCCUGAACGCUGUGGCCUCCGUACCAGUCAUGUACUCCUGGUCGCCACUGCAGCAGAACUUCAUGGUGGAAGAUGAGACGGUGCUCCACAACAUCCCCUACAUGGGGGACGAGAUCUUGGACCAGGACGGCACCUUCAUCGAGGAGCUCAUCAAGAACUACGACGGCAAGGUCCAUGGAGACCGAGAGUGCGGCUUCAUCAACGACGAGAUCUUCGUGGAGUUGGUGAGUGCUCUGACCCAGUACAGCGACAACGAGGAUGAGGAGGAUGAGGAAGAGCAGCCCGACUUCAAGGUGGAGAAGCUGGAGCUUUGUGAGAGCAAGGAGCAGCAGCAGCUGCCCCCCCCCGAGGAGCCCAGCAAAGACCCCCUGGUCACCACCGAGAAUCAUAGCAGCAGCAACGACAGCAGCAAGAAGUUCCCCUCAGACAAGAUCUUUGAAGCCAUCUCCGCCAUGUUCCCUGACAAAGGCUCCACCGAGGAACUCAAGGAGAAGUACAAGGAGCUGACUGAGCCCCAGCUCCCGGGGGCUUUGCCCCCAGAGUGCACGCCCAACAUCGACGGGCCCAACGCGCGCUCUGUGCAGCGCGAGCAGAGCCUGCACUCCUUCCACACACUCUUCUGCCGCCGCUGCUUCAAGUACGACUGCUUCCUCCACCGUGAGUCCUCACACUCCGAACACGCCCCCCAGCGGACAGACGAUCUGCCGCCCUGCCAGACGAUGGCGUUCCACGCCACGCCAAACACCUACAAGCGUAAGAACAUGGAGAGCCUGGUGGACAACAAGCCGUGCGGCAGCGACUGCUACAUGCACCUGGUGCAGGACGACGGCGUCCGGGAGUUCCCCGCCAUCAUGGCCCCGGAGGGGGAGGGGGGGGAGGAGGAGGCCGAGGAGGUGAAGAGCCCCUCCAAGCGCCCCGCUGCUGCCCGUCGCCGCGGGCGACCCAGCAGCCGGCCGGGCAGCCCGUCCGUCUCCUCGGAAACCAAAGACACGGACAGCGACGGCGAGGGCAGCAAGGACGGAGACGCGGUCGCCAACCAUGAGGAGGGCGCUGUCGUCAACAACCACGAUAACCAUGACAACCACGACAAACAUGACAAACAUGACAACCACGACAAACAUGACAACCACGACAAACACGAUAACCUCGACAACCAUGAUAACCACGACAACCAUGAUAACCCCGACAACCAUGAUAAACACGAUACCCACGACAACCACGACAACCAUAAAGAAGAUAAGGAUAAAAAAGCAAUGCAGACCAGCAGCUCAGAGGGGACCUCCCGCUCCCCGACCCCGGUCACGUUGAAGCUGACCUGCGAGCCGGAGCCGGUUGACUGGAGUGGUGCCGAGGCCUCCCUGUUCAGGGUGCUGAUCGGGACGUACUACGACAACUACUGCGCCAUCGCCCGGCUCAUCGGCACCAAGACCUGCAGACAGGUGUACGAGUUCAGGGUGAAGGAGUCGAGCAUCAUCGCCCGCGCGCCCACCGAGGACGAAGACGAGGACACGCCCCCCAGGAAGAAGAGGAAGAAGCACAGACUCUGGGCAACCCACUGCCGCAAGAUCCAGCUCAAGAAAGACGGCUCGUCCAAUCACGUGUACAACUACCAACCAUGUGACCACCCGAGGCAACCAUGUGACUCCUCCUGCCCCUGUGUCACAGCUCAGAACUUCUGUGAAAAGUUCUGCCAGUGCAGCUCUGAAUGUCAGAACCGGUUCCCGGGCUGCAGGUGUAAGGCCCAGUGCAACACCAAGCAGUGCCCGUGCUACCUGGCGGUCCGCGAGUGUGACCCCGACCUCUGUCUCACCUGCGGCGCGGCGGAGCACUGGGACAGCAAGAACGUCUCCUGCAAGAACUGCUCCAUCCAGAGAGGAGCCAAGAAGCACCUGCUGCUGGCUCCGUCAGAUGUGGCCGGCUGGGGCAUCUUCAUCAAGGAGCCGGUGCACAAGAACGAGUUCAUCUCCGAGUACUGUGGAGAGAUCAUCUCCCAGGACGAGGCGGACCGCAGAGGCAAGGUCUACGACAAGUACAUGUGCAGCUUCCUGUUCAACCUCAACAACGACUUUGUGGUCGACGCCACGAGGAAGGGCAACAAGAUCCGCUUCGCCAACCACUCUGUGAACCCCAACUGCUAUGCAAAAGUGAUGAUGGUGAACGGCGACCACAGGAUAGGAAUCUUCGCCAAGAGGGCCAUCCAGACCGGAGAGGAGCUGUUCUUCGACUACAGGUAUAGCCAGGCCGACGCCCUGAAGUACGUUGGGAUCGAACGGGAACUGGAGAUGGCCUAGAGCUACUACCUCCUGAGUCUGUUACACAAAGGCCUUACACACACACACACACACACUCACACUCACACACACUCAUACACACGCGCUCUCCCCCACAUACACAAACACACUGGCAGUCAAGUGGCCACUUCAGGAAACCAGAACAACUCCACCAACCAACUCAGUCAGAGUUUCAGGAAUUCUGGGACUUUUUGGAUCUGAACCGGAACUUCUUUUUUGUUUUUACUGUUGCCAUGGCAGGCAAGUUUUUUUUUUCUACUUCCCUUGUGUUGAUGUCUUCACAACCCUACCCUCAUCCCGCCACAGGCGGGAGAGGUUGGGAGUCAGAUUCCGCCUCGGCCCACGACUAAAAUGCUCCGACGGCCAUUUUUCUACUGCCGGGAAAACUUCCAAUGUCCUCCCAACGCCUCAGGGACCAAUCGACCAGCAGGAGGCUUCAGUCCGACCGGACAGACGCAGACCGGCAAGCCUGUCCAUCAUCGUCAUCACUACGUCUGUGCUUCUGUUCAUAAAGGAGGGAAUGGAGCUCAAACAGAACCCGCCCCCACCACCACGCUGCAUCCUGAUUGGUUGAAGGAUUGGUGCUGAUACCGGGAAGCAUCCAUGAGCUCUCCGGGCCGACAUAUCUUUCAGACGGCCCUGAUGAACACACAGACAUUCUCCUGUGAAGGCCCCCACCCCCCCGUCAGAGACCAGCGUGUCCUCGGCCUAAGUCGACCGUCGGCUCUCUGGGAGGUUCAUCCAAACGGCUGACCACCAGAUUAACCCAUCGGCUGGAGCCUCUGAGCCCGACGCCCUCUAGUGGCUGAACGCCUGCUGGUUCACCGGGGAACCCUGUGCUUCAGCACCCAGCUGCUCCUUCCUACUGCAGCGCUCAAACCUCUGGACCACUACUCUCUCACGACCCAGCCCUUCAGCGCGGUCAUUCCUCUCCAAACACCCAACCAAAUAAACAACGGAUAAUCUUCAGGUUGUAAUCAUCUCCUCUGGCUCAUUCUUGUCUUUUUACUGAACUGUAAGGUGACCCUCUACUGGUACAGCCCUGCGUCACAUGGACCGGCCCUAAGCUCCUCCCAGUCCUCCAUUCUGAUUGGCCAGCAGCUCGUUAGUUCACGUUAGUGUCUGCUUCUUAGAGUCCCGUUAAGGGGCAGCGUUUCAGGCCCCUCAGAUCAAACAAGCGGACGUGUGACACACUGGUCUUCUCAAACCAACGCAGAGGAAACGUCAUGAUUGUUGACGUUUCAACUGACCCGGCGUCGGUCCUCCGGUCAGUGCCAUGCAGACAUCAUGUAUUCUUGCAGUGUGGGGAAGCUGUGUGUGUACACACAGCCGACAGUCAACCUUUUGCCGUGCCUUGAGUCUCUGAAUGGACCACGAAGCAUGACCCUAUUCCAUAAUCAUGAAAAUAUUAAUAAAAAGAAGCCUAAGCUUAGGGAUGUGUUGUCAUUUUAGAUGUUCGCUUUUUGUGUUUUAGAGAUCUGCAACAAGGGGUUUCACAUGUGGUCAACGUAGAGGCUAGCAUUUUGAGUAGCGGUGGCUUUAAUCGGUUUGAGCCCCUAGUAACCAAUCAGCAGACUGCCUCGUGUGUGAUGUCCAAUCAGUUGAUCCGUACUCCUUCUUCCCUGAGCAUGCCUCCUAUCGUGUACAGGAGGUCAUACCCACCCUCUUACUGAUCAUGGGCUGUCCGGUAUCUGGUGCUUUAAACACAGAACCUGGUGCUUCUGAUUCCAGGGCUAGUGAAUGGCACCAGCCUUCCACUGACGCCCUCUCAGUCCGGUCUGCUGCCGAGCCGGGCCUUCCUCUGUUAGAGCGUUACGAUGUACUCAGUUCACCUGAAACCAGACUUCCUGUUCAGGACUCAUGUUACUUCUCGCUAAAAGGUUUUGGUCGGUUUCCGGAAAGGAUUAUUUCCUUUUUUUUUUUACAUGUGUACCGUUUUAUUUUCCUGUUAUUUAAGACGUUUGAUGUAAUUAUGAACCACGCCAUGUGCUCUGGAAUCAACUUCUAUGAAUAUUGGUUAUUAAUUAUCAUUAAUGUUCUUUGUCAGUUGUCUACCGUGGAGUCCUUUUUUCAAUAUAUCCAAUCUAGUCGUUACACCAGCUGGCAUUAUUACCACAGACUGAAGGGAUUUAGACAAUUAAACUGGCACCCAUCUGAACCAGCUAGCCCCGGACAUCGAUGAGGUUGGAGUAGAAGGCAUACGGGAUACAUACACUAUGGGGAACGAGUGUACACAAACCAGUUCAGCGUCCACAACCUCCAGCCGCUGCUCUUCUCAAACCCAUGUUCUCCACAGGUCUCCUUACCACAAAUAAAGGUGCUGAUUUUUGUAUUAUUUACCGACUCUUUGUUGUUCAACAUGAUGCAGAAUAAACUGUUGUAUACGG